AUGGUGAAGCUGAUGAUGCAAUCAGGCCCAUCGGAGAGGCCGGUGCCGCCACCCCGGUUCAAGAAGCUGGCGCGACUUGCAGCAGCCAAGGAACGCCGGUGUGUGACAUGGGGCCCAGAGACAUGGGUGGGGGUCCGAGCACUGCGCGCCAGCUCUGGCGGCAUAUUGGACCCGGACGACCGCGUGCGAGACGUCGCCGAUGACCGGGAGACUUUGACGGCCGAGUGUAGUGGGCAAGCGCCGCAGCCGCGGGCGGCCCAGGCUGAUGGGGCCAGCGGCUCUUCCGCCGGCACCGCCUCUCCUGACAUGUUUCGGGGUGGCGGCGGCGUUGGUGGAAGCAUGCGCGUGGCCAACACGGAUUCCUGCGUGGAAGUAGGCGAGGCUGACCUUGAAGACGGCGCCAACGGCCUGCAGGUCCGCAGGGGCAGCGAACCGACACUGCAUCAGGACUCUCUACCUCAACAGAUAUCGGCAACCGAGCAAACUAAACGGUGGUCGGCAGCGGUGGUAUGCCGCGAGGACAGCAACCGCGUCACGCAGAAAGUCCACCCACUACCGGACGGCCGGCCGCCCGACCCGGACCGGCUAUCCGGCCAGCACUUCCAGAGGCACUCCAACCGGCUGUCCAUGCAAUUCUCUGGUCCCGGGAGUGGGGUUUGGCUAGACGCAGCAGAAAGGAUACAAAGUUACGGUAGCAAAAGUCUUCCCCGGGACGCUCGGAGGGAGCCUUUGGGCCAAGAUACACCUCCCAGCGAUCAUCAAAACCACAGGGUUGAGGAUAUGCUCCGAUGGGUGUCUGGUGUGAAUAACGUCGAAGGCGUGCAUCCUGUGCAGGAACGUCCACUUGAUCUCUUACCCGAGGUGGGCCGCAGUGAACGCGCUAUAUCCGGGCUAGAAGUUCCGGUCAGCCCCAGCAGUAAGCCUUCAACGGGCGCGACGCAAAAUAUAUCCGUCACCCUCGUGAAGGGUGAGAAGGGACUCGGCUUCACCAUCACUACCAGGGACAACCCCACGGGGGGACACUGUCCUAUAUACAUCAAAACCAUAUUACCUAAAGGUGCAGCAGUAAGCGAUGGACGGCUAAGGGCUGGAGAUCGUUUAGUAUCAGUGAACUCAGUAAAUGUAUCCGGUCUCACUCAACAGCAAGUUGUGAGCUUACUGCGUGCAACUCCCACCGAUUCCAGCGUAGAACUGGUGGUGCAACGACCAGCCACUAGGCCGCAGAGGGUAGAACCACAACAAAGUCCAGUGAAAUACGCGGAGAAAGCAAUCGGCUCCCCACCGUCGACGGAAACUAUACCCGAAAACGGCCGAGUGUCUAGUAUAGUCAACGCGUUAAACCAGAACAGUGCCAAUAGUUCCAUUAGAGGAAGGAUACCUAAAAGCUCAUCCAAAGACAACUUAAUAAAGGAGCAUAGCACAGACAAUGGCGUGCAGGAAACGUUGAACUCUUCAAAUAAUUCUGUGUUAGGUCUCAGGAAUAGGCUAAUACUUCGACUAGACGUGCCAGUACAUGAUUCAGAAAAGGCAGGCCUGGGUAUUAGCGUGAAGGGCAAAGUCACUGUAGGCCCUGAUCCUCAAGACUUGGGUAUCUUCAUCAAAUCGGUGUUAAAUGGCGGCGCAGCUUCGAGAGAUGGACGGUUACACACAAACGAUCAGUUGCUUAGUGUGAACGGCGUUUCUUUAGUCGGCCAAUCGAAUGCAGAAGCAAUGGAGACAUUACGGCGAGCUUUAUUGCACGCGAGACCUCAUGUACACGGCAGUAUAUCACUAACUAUAGCGAGGAGAAACGCGAGUAUGGACAGUCUAGCGCGGUGGAAAGACGACACUCCGCCCAACGGUAACGACACAAGCAACUCCAACGACAACUUCAACACCGUCAUAUACAACGCUCAUCCGGACAAAGAAAACUCCACAGAUUUCAAAGAAGGCUUCGACAACCACGACGGGCGAGGCAGCAAGAAACAUGCCUCAAUUGUAACAAUAAACAAUAACAAUAGCUGGGUUUCCAACCAAUCGGACGACAGUAAAGGAUACUUAGAAAGAGACAAAGAAAUUCCUCACGAUAAUAAGCGUGAUAGCUUUGAAUGGAGCCGGUUAGACGGCUGGAAUCCUGUGAUAGACAGACUGACGGGUCUGAGGAACGAAAGCUACUAUAUGGCUACGGGACAGGACGCGCCAGUGACGAACGGACACCAUUACAGACAGAAUCUCCACGUGCACAUGUCUAGAUCGCCCCCGGCGCACCAUAACGUUAUCAUUGAGGAAGAUUAUGUCACCACUACCAGGGGUAGUGUAAGCGGCGGCGGUGGGGGCGAAUCAGGCAGCGAAUGCGGGACCGGGUUCAGUCGAGACGCCGUCGGCCGCCGCUCCAUGUCGGAGAAACGACACGCCGCGCUAGACGCUAAAACCACCGGCACCUACAAGAAGAUCAAGGAGAUCAAAGCCAUCAACUCCCUUCAAGUCGGACCUGCGUUAGGAAUGAGAAAAUCUUCGAGUCUGGAAUCCCUUCAAACAGCUAUUCAAGAAAACCAAAGGCAUCCGCGCAACGAACCAAUCUAUGCGCGUGCGCACCCACCGCUUAAACAUUGGCUAACUGAUGACAAUGGCCCUGAGGGUAUAGUGCGAGGCUCUCCACAACAGUCCUCGCUGUCACAUAAGAAGCCAUCUUUACUCAAAUCUCUCUCCACUAUGUUCAGAAUUGGUAAGCCCCAUAAGAAACCGGAAUCUGAAGUAUACGGCCGAUCGCAGCCCGGGCGGUCUUCGGAGAAAUCUUUAUCGCGGGAAGCAAUCGAGAGGCACAAUCGGGAGGAAAGGACUGACGAAAAUACCCCGGCUAAUCAAAGGCUAGAAGCGCAACAUUCCCGCCAGAGCAGCAGCGAGCGUCGAUCGGAUAGAAGGAACGCCGCACCGCCGUACAGAUCACCUCCCGUUCGCACUGCGCCUGCGCAACAGGCAAUGGACAGUGCGUGGGGACCCACAGGCCACUACGUAAAUUAUGACGAAAUCCAACAAAACCUCAACGUAAGAAGACAGAAGUUGAGCGAGGUACAGAUCGGUCAGAUGAGGAGACAGGUGCACGCACAAAGAGCUAAAGCUGAAGAAGAGAGUCGUCGGGUAGGCGGCGCAUCGGGUGGCUACCACUCACAGCGCUCAUGUAGGGAGACCAGGCCGCAGUCCAAUUAUUAUGAAUACGACACCGGCCCACCCCGGCGAUCAGGCAAACUAUCGCACUAUCACUGA